GACUCUGACCAGGGUACCCUCACCUGUAUCUCCACUGGUGGACCUGCUACCACUGUCACUUGGACCAGAGACUCCACCACUGUCACCCAAGGAACCCAGACUGUGUUGAAUGACCCAGUGACUGCACAGUACACCCACACUCUGACUGUGACUACUGCAGGACAGUACACGUGUACUGUGUCUAACAACAAGCCAUCUUCUGCCUCUGCUACCAUCACAUUGCAGGGUCCAUCAGCUCCCACUGAUGUGACAGCCGUCCAGGAUGGUCCCACUAGUAUCACAGUGACCUGGACUCCUCCCUCUCCACUGGGAUAUACCACUGGCUACAGGAUCUCCUUCACUGGAGGCAGUGAUGUGGAUAUUGAUGGUGGCUCUACCAACAGCUACACUCUGACUGGUCUCACCAAUGGACAGACCUACACCAUAUCCAUUGUAGCAAUAUCUCCGAUUAUGCCAACAAGCACUCCUGUGGAAGUUCAAGUCACACUAGUGCCUAUUCCAGAGAAACCAACGGUUAACAUGAACAUCAUUGAGACAUCACCCACUACCAUCACUAUCUCCUGGAGCGUUCCUACUGAUGCCAAUGAAUCUGAGGUGAGCUGGGAGCUAACUGAGCAAACAAGAAGAAGAAGAGGAGUCCGCAAUGCUGAGGGAGGGACUAGUGGACGACUCCCUGCAAAGCAGAAUAGCUACACAAUUUUGCGUCUGAGAAGUGGAACUAGUUACGAAGUCACCCUCACAGUCUUCAACCCUGCUGGGAGCUCUUUCACCACUUUCACCCACUCUACAACUGAAGCUACACCGUGCGAGUGUGAGUCUGCUGAUUUCUCAACGUUGUCGAUAGCUGUGUUUGGUGGUGUGUUGGCAGUGGUGAUUGUGACUGCUAUAGCAGUACAGGUUAUGGUGAUAGUCAUUUUCACGAGGAGACUCCAAAGAGCUAAAACGACCGCCGUCAAAAGCGGUCAGCACUCUUCUGUUUAUGCCGACUCUCAAACUACUGGCCUAGAGCUCUCUGUGUCUUCAGGAAAGAACUAUGUGAGCUCAAACCAGUUCCAGACCACCAGUAAUGAGGCCUACAAUUACAACGUAGUGAGAGGGACAGGAAGGACAGCUGAAGCUUCUGAAGACUCUCUCUAUGAACCUGUGUGAUAGCAGCAGUGCAUGACAGCAGUACAUUUUGUCUCUAGCUCAUUUGUCUCUCCACCACUUCUGUAGCUGGAGACACGAUCUACGAAUGCAUGUGAUAGCAGUACAUUUGUCCCUUUACGUCAUCAUUAGUUGUACUGUUUGUUGUUAUUUUAGUUACGUAUAGCUAUACUUCUACCGAAUUUAUGACUUUAUGAA